AUGCACGUAUUCUUCAACAUCUGGCACUGGUUCUGGGCUCUUUUCGGUUGCUCUCUCAACCUGCUACUCAUCUACGCGGCCAUUUUCAAGUCCCCCAGGGCGAUCAGAACGUACGCCACCCUCAUCAUCAACUUUGCAAUCACGGACCUUCUGGAGUGUCUUCUCGACUUGUUCAUUCAAAUCAGGUAUUCGUUUCACACUCCAGCGUCUACUAUGGACGCAUUGGUUGUUCAGAUUGAUCCCCGCACCCGGCGACGUCUCCAUAACCUACGUCCUGAACGGUCUCUGCAAGUACAUCAGUCCGCUCGCCUGCAAACUCGGCACCAGCUUCUUCCUCCACUGCAUUCCCCACGCCGUCUGGUCCCUGUUGCUCUCUUUCGGAUAUCGCUAUUACAUCCUGCACAACGCUGCACUCACACGUGGAACUAUUGUCAAGAUUCUGAUUAUUGUCUACAUUCCGUCACUUUUUCAAGGGGUGAGUGAGUUCGAAGCAUGCUUCGACAGAGUUUGUAAUCAAAAUAAGGAGUUCGGUGAAUGUCUGAGCUUUCGAGAGAUGAAUAACAACACAGAGUGUGUGUUCUAAUGUGGAGUGAGGCAGAGCGAAAUUACCAAAAUUACGCCGAAACUGUACUAAACUGCUUGAAAAAUAGGGUAACUUUCAUGAAAAUUUGACAUAUUUCAAUCAGGGUACGUUCUGGAUACCCUUUGUUAUCUCCUGGGCUUGACGGGACCUCAUGACCACCUACUCAUCAUUAAUAUGCGUUUUUUCUCAGCUAACCUACUGGACAACCUUCGUGGAUCGGGACGAGAUCCUUCCGAAAGCCCGUGAAUGGUUCCCCGACUACAAUUGGGACGCAGAAACGGGAGUGAUCACCGGCAUCCUCGACGUCACCGAUUGGGCGGCCGCAUACGGAAUCUGCCAUCUCUGUCUGCCCAUUUUCCCCGUCUACACCGCUAUUUUCAUAUUCCGCCGCAAGAUUAUCGCACAUUUGAAAGCGAGCACGAAUAUGAUGGCGAAAGAGACGAAGGCGGCGCAUGCUCAGCUCCUGAAGGCGCUCACUUUCCAGGCGUUCAUCCCCGCCUUCGUCGGCGUCGCCGUCUGCUGUUAUUUUGUUUGUGAGUGCCAGCGAUUUUGGGAUUAAUCCGACAAUAAUUUGGUUUCCAGCUCAAUCCGGAGCCGUCGUCUCUCCUGUUUUGGAGUACUCCGUCUUCUCGUCGGUCAUUCUGAUGCCCGCGCUUUCCCCUUUGACCUACCUCCUAUUCGUUAGACCAUAUCGACAGUUCCUGAGAAACAAACAAGACGUUUCGGCGAAAACUGCAAAGUUCGAGUCGACCGGAGCGUCACCGUCAAGGUUCGAGACUCCAGGCACCAUCGUACAUUAA